CUCGUCAACGGCCAACGGCAGCCGCGUUGGAGCGACAACGCGUACUAUAGAGCUUCGUUCAUGGCUGCGCUGCCGCACGCCAGCGACUCGACCAGAGAGAUCCGCCCGCCGCGACUCCGCGCUGCCGUCUUUCGCGCCAAUUGGACCGACAGCGACCUGCGGGGCGAGAACUUGAGGCCUGAGAACGACUAUGACAACUUGGCGCCAGUGCACCGGCCGUGGAACAAGCGGCGUGUGGAAGAGUGGAAGCGAUCGGCCAUUUCGCGUGAGCAGCGCGACUGGGACGAGGAGCGCAAGGCGUACAGCCGUCUACAGCCGGUGGCGCGCCGGAAGCAUCUCCAUGCCAUCGACGAGGUCGAGUACAACUCGGAGGAUGCUCUCUACUCGGCUGCGUUUCUCUUUCUAUUCGCAUUCGUCAUGAUCAAGUUUGUGUGUGGCUCGCCCGACUACCCACCCUCCCGCCGCUACCGCUACGAGUACGACGAGGUUGAAUGAAGAAGCCACAACUUCAACUUCUUCAACUUCACUCUAUUACCUCUGAUUCGAAUACUAUUUUUGAGACUAGUAUAGUGUUAAUUUGUCAAGUGCGAAA